AUGUCACUUAGAUUCUUCAAAUCAUUCACAACUUCUGCCAUACUAUAUAAAUCACCAACCCGCAUAAUGUCCUUAGAAGAACCAUCUACUGCUAGAGUACAAGAAUUGAUUGCAAAUUAUGAUUCUAUAUAUUCCAAAGUUCAAGAAUCCGUUAAAUCAAGACCUGAUUCAAUCAAUCAUCCUGUGGAAUUAGUCGCUGUUUCUAAGUAUAAACCUGCUAGUGAUAUCAAAGCUCUUUAUGAUCAUGGUGUUCGUCAUUUUGGUGAAAAUUAUACUCAAGAAUUAAUUAGUAAAGCUUCAAUUUUACCAAAAGAUAUUAAAUGGCAUUUCAUUGGUGGAUUACAAUCAAAUAAAUGUAAAGAUUUAUCAAAUAAUAUUGAAAAUUUACAUUCUGUGGAAACUAUUGAUUCUUUGAAAAAGGCUAAAAAACUUAAUGAUUCAAGAAGUGGUGUAAAUGGAAGUAUCAUAAAUAUUUAUUUACAAAUAAAUGCAUCAAAUGAAUCACAAAAAUCUGGUUUAAAACCUGAUGAUUUCGAAGGAAUUGAUGAAUUAAUUCAAUAUAUUACUAAAGAUGCAAAAUCUUUAAAUUUAGAAGGAUUAAUGGGUAUUGCUUCAUAUGAACAAUCAACAUCUGAAGGUGAAAACAAAGAUUUUAAAGUCCUUGUUGAAUUACAAAAACAAUUGAAUACAAAAUAUAACCUAAAUUUAAAACUUUCAAUGGGUAUGACUGCUGAUUUUGAAGAAGCUAUAAGACAAGGAACUUCUUAUGUUAGAAUUGGGUCUGCAAUUUUUGGUUCAAGACUUACAAAAGAUGAGAUUAAAGAACAAAAAUAA